AUGAUCGGUUCCACUCGUCCUGACGUAUCAUCAUCGGGUAAUGUUGAUGUAGUCAGGGAUAUUGGUGGGAGGAGGCAUUCUAGUAAUAUUAAUGUUGUGACCACCCCUGUGCGUCAUAACGGCAGUAGUGGUUGUGCGGCGUCGGUUGACGUUCCUUCUAUCGGUCAUGUGGACUCAGGUCAGUCUUUGAAAGAGUGUUUUGGUAGCAUCGUAAAAAUAUACUGUGACUCCACUGACCCGAACUAUGCGCAACCAUGGCAAAUGCGGCGUCAGUUAAAAUCUAUAGGUUCAGGAUUUGUUGUUCAUGGUCGCAUGAUCAUUACGAAUGCGCAUUGUGUUUCGUGGCAGAACCGAUGUCUGCUUCGGAAAUAUGGUUCCACUGUGAAGUACCCGGCUAGGGUGUUGACCAUCGGUCACGAAUGUGAUCUUGCGAUAUUGAAGGUUGAUUCUGAUAGUUUUUGGGAAGGUGUCAAGGCAUUGGAUCUUGGUGAUGUUCCUAACCUCCAUGAUGCGGUUACAGUCGUUGGUUAUCCAACUGGUGGUGACAAUUUGUGUACCACUUCUGGUAUCGUAUCUCGUGUGGAUGUGACUACCUAUACCCAUUCUAAUUACCGACUUCUUUGUGCUCAGAUCGAUGCUGCUAUAAACGCUGGUAAUUCUGGCGGUCCCGUGAUGAAAGAUGGGAAAGUGAUUGGUGUAGCAUUCCAGGCUUACGACGAGGCGCAGAACAUUGGUUAUAUUAUUCCAACUUUUAUUAUUCGUCAAUUUUUGCUUCAUGUUACCCGUCAUGGGCGUUACACGGGUUUUGUGACUAUUGGCGUUACUUAUCAACCGAUUGAGAACCCUGCUCUGCGGUCUUAUUUGGGUCUCGACUCGAUAGAAUCGUCAGAUCUUCCUGAAGGUGUAACACCAUCUGGUAUAAUGGUUUGUGAUGCUGAUAAGUUGACAAAAUCCGGUGAUUUGUUACAACAUCUAGAUGUGAUAAUGGCUGUAAAUGGCUACGAUGUUGCUGACGAUGGUACAGUACACUUUAGGGAUGUCGAACGUGUUCAUUUAUCCUAUGCUCUGACAACAAUGUUUGGUGGUGACCCUUGUGAGGUUGUAAUUUUAAGGGACGGUCGUGUGCGUACAUUGACUGUUCGUAUGCAGAAGCCCAACUACUUAGUCACUGAGCAUCAAUGGGAGGUGUUGCCGCGUUACUAUAUAUUUGGUGGUUUGGUUUUUGUGCCUCUUACUGUGGAUUAUCUGAAGGAUGAAUUUGGUAAGAAGUACUACGAGCGUGCUCCUAGUAGUCUAUUACAACUUCUUAACGACGUUUUUGCUUCGGAAUACGGUCAAGAGGUGGUUGUUCUUAGUCAGAUUUUAGCUUCGGACAUAACCGUUGGUUAUGAAUUCAAGAACGUACGUCUCUUGAGCGUCAACGGCCAGGAUGUCAAGAAUCUACGUCAUCUAGAGGAAUUGAUAUGUUCCAUCCCAGAGGAUGAGCCGUUCAUCAGAUUCCACAUUGAGAGGGGCUCUAUGAUCGUUUUGGACCGUAAGCGAGCAUUGGCGAUGCAUGAUGAGAUACUGUAUCAGCAUGCUAUCCCCAGCCAUAAAUCUCGGGAGCUUUAA